AUGGGAGCAAAAAUAAGGCAUUCUAUGGCCCAGGAAGCGGAGUUGAAUUUGAUGCUGGAUACGUCCUCCGACGCCAGUCCUGCCGAGCCGUGGGAUUCUCCGUGGAAACAGCAAAGUAACCGCCAGAUAGUGAAGUGGUCUACAGUUUCACUGACCUUGAUCUCUGUUGCCCUUCUCCUCCUCAUUUUGAAGUGCUCCACUUGGCUACGAGCAAAUUCAUCAAGAAGCUUUAGAAUCCUUGCGGAAGGAGGGGAAGGCGAAGGCGACGAAACUUCGCCUCUUCUUGAAGGUGAACAAAAACGCUUACGGCAUACAUUAAGGAGGCUUGGUCAAUUUGCGGAAGGGCUCUGCUCCACCCAUUCCUCACCGCGUGACUGGGAAUUCAGUGCACGUUGCCCAAAGCUUGGUGGUACUGGCGACAUGAAAGUAGUUGUUGAAGUUCAGGAGAUUUUUGGGCGCGAUGUACAAGUUGUAGCUGAAGAAAUGAUCGUUGUGGUUUUCAAUGAAGUGGCCACGGCAGGCAUUCCGCCGGGGGGAACAACCCCUUUGGCGAUCGUCCUUGAGAAGCCACAUGACGUGCCCUGCACAGGCCGUGUCGUGAUUAAGGUCCACGCCGAAGACUUAGAAAGCUCUUCUUGA